UUAUUUUUGCACCAUUGAAAAUUCAAAAAACAAUGUAAAAAGCACCCAGGACGAUUACGAAAUCCGAUUGCGUUGGCUCAAUGUAUCUCGAUGCUCUCGGAAUUUCUUGUUUUUUCUUAGUUUUUUCGAUCCACGUUUAGAAUCAGUGCUUCGAAUGUUUAUCCACGUUGUUUUGAUUUUCGUUGUUGGCUUUUUUUAUUCAAAUUUCGGUUCUCAUCGUGGUGGAUAAAUUUUCGGUGACGUUUACGGCGGUGUGCUUCGUAACAAAUGUACGAGGGUGCAUCACUCGUAUCGUGGAUUUCGUGAAUUCGUGACUUGUGUUAUACUAUGUGUGAAAAUGAUAUUUUUAUCCUCUUUUUUGGUGCUAUCCCAUUGGCAAAGUGAGUUUUGAGGAAUUCGUGGCACGAAAAAUCGGCGGGUGAAGAUCGGAGGAGAUAAAAGGAGCGGGAAAAAGUUGGGCGAACCUGAAGAAAGAAGGAAAGAUAAAGCGAGACAAUUCGAGUAAUUCAUGGACGAAAAAAGUGCGAGAGUUAGAAAAAAAAAAAUUGCAAAGUGUUUUAACAAUUGGAGGUGGAAAAAAUCGAUGUAAUAGAAAAUUUUGGAAGGUAGAGGUGUUCGAGUCCUUUUGAUUUUCGUUGUUUUUCAUUCGGCAACGGUGAAUGUGCAUGGAAGAGCCGGGGUGGAAGAGUUCCGUUAUUUUUCUUCGUUCGCGCUGUCAUUGUCGAAAGUGGAAAGGUGAUACGAAAACAUACCCGUUAUCGUCGUGGAAACGAAAGGGGGGAGCAGACGAGCUCCGUGGUCCACGCUGAGGCCACCCUCCUCGUCAUCGACAACGACGAGACGGGUUAAAAUGUCGAGCACAUCGGACAGUCCGGACACGGCGAUGGCCCUCCAAUCACAUUACUCAUUGAGAUGGAACAACCAUCAGACCCACAUAUUACAAGCGUUCGAAGCACUUCUUCACGCCGAGAUACUCGUCGACGUCACCCUUGUUUGCACCGAAACGAGCCUCAGAGCCCACAAGGUCGUUCUAAGUGCCUGCAGUCCGUUUUUCGAGAGGAUAUUCGCGGAGCAUCCGUGCAAACAUCCGGUAAUAGUGCUGAAGGAUUUUCCAGGACGAGAGGUAACAGCUCUGAUCGACUUUAUGUACCGGGGUGAGGUGAGGGUGGGUCGCGAAGAAUUGCCGGGUCUGAUGAGAGCAGCGGAGAGUCUGCAGAUUCGGGGUCUCGUAUCGUCGGAGCCGCGACCGGCGAGUCCGCCAGAAACGCCGCCGACGGAAUUGUUGGGCGAGCCAUCGACGCCGGAAGGGGCAAGGCAAGGGAGUCCGAUCGACGAGAAACAGAUGGAAACAACGGCGACGCGUAUCGAGACUCGGGGCGGUGUAAUUCAGCGGGACAAUCGUUUGCCGCACAUGGGUCAUUUGAAUUUUUCGGUGCGGGAUCUUCGAGACUUGUGCGGUUCGCCGUUGUUGCCGAGGAGGAAGCAGGCAAGGCCGAGAAGAAGAUCCGGGGAGUUGGUGGCUCAAGACCUCAGUCGGCCUCAGCCGCCGCCCAGUUUGAGUCCGCCGAGCGGUUUGAAUCUGGCUGGUGCGAGGCAAGAGCUGCAAACGUGUCCGACCUCAUCGUCGACGCCGUUGGCGGCGGCCUCCCUGCCAAACUUGAACAACAACAGCAUCCAUCAGAAUCAGCCCCACGACGAAGACAUAGCCGAGAAUCUCUCGUUGAAGAGACCACCCACGCCGGAAUCUCCGUCCGAUCAGCACAGUUCAGGGGGCGUAAAGAUAAAACGGGAACAAACGGCGAGUCCGCGCUGCUCGCCGCUCGGGCUCGGGCUCAACGCGGACGUUGGAAGCCUGCAGGAGCUACCGGUCAGCGGACACUCGUCGAUCCCGUCGAUGUCGUCGACGCCGCCGCAGCAUCCCAGUGAGUACCUGACGAGUCUCGGGCAAUUGGCUGCACAGUGGCUCCCGGCCCCGAACCACAUGAGUCAAUCCUCUUCGUACCACACGAGCGAGAGCCGACCUCACAGUCGUACCCAGCACAAUCACUAUCAGCAACAACAGCAGCAGCAGCAGCAGCAGCAACAACAGAACAGAGAAUCGCAACAGUGCCGGGACCAACAAGAACAACACCGACAGGAUCAAGAAUCCUCGUUACCCUCGAUAAGAACAGUCGCGGUUUUUCCCAUGGACGGUAUGUCGCCGGUCGGCAGCGCGAUGUUUCCCCACGGCGGUGGCCUCGACCGGGGCUCCCUCUUGGCCGACCUCCACGACAGCUUCAAGCCCGAGAGUCUCCACGGGCUCUUCAGCGGGGCCAGUCUGGGCCAUCAUCCGAGUAAAAAGUCCAAGAAGCAUCGGAGCGAGAGCGUCAAUGCCCGGAGAUGGGCCGAGCACGGACGGGGCGGUACGGCGUAUGGGAGACCGAAGGGACAGCACAGCGCACCUCGCGGCGGACCUCCGAGGUCUUGGACCAACGCCGAGCUGACGAUAGCGCUUCAGCACGUGUGGAACAAGCAGAUGACGACUUCGCAAGCGAGCAGGAUGUUCGGGAUCCCGUACAACAGUUUGCUCAUGUACGUCCGGGGUAAAUACGGGAAAAGCCUGAAGCUCGAGCAGCUCAGGAGGGAUUGCACGGGUGCUACGACCGGAGAAGUCAUGAAUUCUUUGAACAACAACGUCAAGGCGAUGCAAGGACCGCCUCAAUUGAGCCAUCCCCUCGCUGGCUUGCCUCAUCCAGCCGACGACGGUAAUUUCCCUCAUCAUCCGCUGCUCGGUGGCAAUUUGCCCCAGGGAUUUUUCCCAGAUUACAGCGCCGCGUUCCCGGUGCCAGUUUCCAUGGUGCACCUUCUACCCCCGAGUGAACAAAAGGCCCUCGAGUCAGCAACGAAUUCAGCCAGCCUCACGGCCAACUGUCCUCCGGUUAUCGUAAGUUGCCCCUCCGGUAGUCCACCACCGAGUGAAAUGGCCCACAGAAGUCGCACCCCAUCGCCGAUCGACAACAACCACGAAACUUCGUCCUCGUCGUCCAUGACCCCGCAGGCACCGCAAUCCGCGCCCGCUCUUCUACAACAAAAUGGUUCCGAUUGAAAGCCCUCUUUUGACCGAGCGAACACGAACCUCCGGGCCCGUACCAUCCUCCCACCAACGAGGCUCGUGCCUCGUAUGUUCCGUUGAUCGAGACUCUGCCACGUCUCAUUCGCGCCUAACAUCGACCUCGGAUCGUACUCGACCUUUUUGUCUUUGUCCACUGCGAUUCGGGCCUGUCCAUCGGGGGAGCAAUUAUUCUCCGGGUCACACUCGAGCCAACCGGAACGCUAAACAUCAAUCAAUUGAUAACAAAACACCACACGCACACACCCACACACGUACACGCGGACAAGAUACGAAAGAGAAACGCACACGCGCGUUCGGCAUGUGCGCCUAGUGAGCGAAUCCGAACGGACGCGUACACUCACUCGCGCACUCGCGUACAAAUUCGGAAAUUGAGGAAACAAUCGUCCGACGAAUGUCCGAAGCCAGGACGCGGCUAAACCUCCUGAAGGCCAACUCAAGACUGACUCUUCGACUUUAAUCCAGCUUCGAGGCUCGCCCGAAUAACUCGAUUUAUAUUGCGAUCCGUGCAACCUUCGAUGGCCAAGCGAUAUAAGAUAUUUAUCUCCCGAAAUCCGUCGAUCAAGUGCGCUUCUCUGGCUCCACCCGAAAGAGGUCCUCGCGCUCUGACAAUAAUGAAACAAAUAUCGGUAUGAAUUUCAACCCACUGCAGGCUGGCUUGAGAAAAAACCUGAAAAUAAGACCACCCAAAAAAGCAUUCGAAUAGAGAGUUUUUCAAUGACGAAUACGUUUUUUAUUUCCUCACCAAUCGAUGAAGCGCGCAAACGGGAAAGCCAGCGUGACGCUACUGAUCCCUCGAAAAUGUAAAUCGAAGGGCCUAAACCGCGUUAUUCGGUGUCGCAGAGCUCCGAGCAAAAAAACAAACAAGCGAUCCUAUUUUUUUAAUAGUACAAUUUUUUUCUCCAAUUUGUUUUUUCUUCAAGCAUCAUCUUAAACAAUAAACGCAUUUGGCGCCAUUGUAUUCAUAGUAAAUUACUAAAUUAUGUGAAAUGCAAGAAUGAGAGAGAUUUAAAAAAAGAAGAAACACAUGAAAAAAUAAGCAACAAAAUGGAAAUCAAGAAAAAAAUGAAAAAAAAAAAACAAACAAACAAGAGAAACUAAAAACGAAUGAAAUAAAAAUAAAGUCGCGCUCGGAUCGUCCGCGGAAUUCGCCAAACAAAAAUAUCGUCGAUCGGUACACGGACGAGCGUGACCAACAAAUCCAAGGUCGUGAACCGUUUUCACGAGGCUGUGCACUCUUCCUCGUCUCUGUUGAUUCGCCCAAGCUCCGAACACAAAUUAGAAUGAUAUAUGUAUAUACGUAUAUUUACGUAUGUGUCUGUAAUAAUGAAUAAUUCGCGAAACAAUACGGAAUGACAAAAAUAAAGAGAGAGAGAGAGAGACGAUGGUCACAGAGAUUCCUCGUUAACUCGGGGACUCGAUCAGCCGCAGCAUCACACUAUAAACAGUUCCUGCUACAAUGAAGCGAUCAUAUACCAAAUAGUAAAUUACUGUUAAUUACUGUAAAACUUCGAAACUGAUGAAAUGCGAGAGGGGAAAAAUAUUGAAGUGAGAAAGAGAGAGAGAGAGAGAGAGAGAGAGAGAGUGCGAGCGAAAGGAAAAAAAUGAAAACAGGAAGUGAUAGAAAACAAAUAAUGAUUGAUUAAUUGAUUAAGAAAAAAAAACGAAAAAAAAGCAUCAUCGCCCGGAUCGAGUCACAGAAUCGAUUUGACCAAUUAUUAUCGUAACUGUAUUAUUUGUAUUUUUAUUUUGACUGUAAUUAUUUUUAUAUAAUUAUUAAUAUCAUUAUUGUUACAAAUUAGAAUUAUUAUUUAAGAAAAAUGAGUGCUUCGUUCAAUUUCGUUACGGUCUCUCGAGAAUACGUGUUUGGGUCACGCGCGUUUUUUUUUUUAACAUAACUUUUUUCCGUGUUUUUUGUUUCUUUUUUUUUUAUAUUUUAUUUCGAAAAUAUCACUUUACCAUUCCGGGUAACCGCGAGCACUCGUGUUCCGUUACGACACGCGACAUAUGGACGGUUCGAAACACGAGGAGCGAGAUCGAGAACGCGAAAAUUAAAUUGUUUUCAAUAUAAAAAGUAAAUGAUAAUUUAAUUUAAAAAAUCUUACUAUUUCAAUAUAUUUUAACGCGCGUGCACGAAUCGCAGGGAUUAGUGCAAUAAUCACAAGAAUGCAAAAUUUAUAUAAUUAUUAUUUUCAUUUUUGUUCCUUCUCGAUUGUAAAUAUAUAAAAAUUUCAAGCGUCUCUCGCCGUUCUUAAUAUUAAUACUAUUAUCAUUAUUAUUUUAUUGUUUUUACUUUUAUUAGUCUUAUUGAUUCUCAUGUUCUUCGGUUUCAAUAAAUUUUUCUUGUUUUCCUUUUUCUUUUUUAAUCCAAACAGAAAUAACAAAGAUAUAAAGAAAAAUUGUGACUCGUUUAUUUUAUUUAUACGAAUUGUUUUGCGUUUUUCUUUUCGUUGGACUCACACGUCUACCGUUCGAAUUGAAUUAAUUUUUUAUUUCCCCUCGUGAUAUAAAUAAAUGGAAUUCCGACUGAUUGCUCCAACGUUGCCUAGUUUAACGAAGAGUCCGGAGCAAUUUAUAGACAAAAAUGAAAAACAAAGGUAGAAAAACAUUGCCAUCCCCGCCCCCCGGUUCCCUUUCCCUCUCCUUAUCCACAUCCCUCGGAAUUAACGUGACAGGACGAAAAUUUUGAGGUCGUAAAAAUACACGAAUAAUGCGUUCCGAAUAGCAUUCGUCGAUCGAGGAGUAUCUUUAUGAUAUAAAUAAUAAUAAAAAAAAAAAAACGAAAACGAAAACGAGAUUAAAAAUAAAAGAAAAAGUAAUACACGACACUUUGGAGCAUGCGAAAACGUUGGUGGAUGGAAAACACGUACACGAUACACAAACACGCACACGAUGAAAAAAAAAAAAAAAAAAACAAUAUGAAGAAGAAAUAGAAAAAGAAAAAUUAAACGAAAUGAAAAAGAACAAAUUAACACGAUCAACAAUCGAUUAAAUCGUAGACCACUACAGUUUGACAACCAAUAUUUCGACAACCAGACGGAAGCGCAGGGUAACUAACACAUCAGGGAUAGCCACAGACAAAUCUACGAUAGAUAAUGAGAAAAAAAUUGAAGUUGAAAAAAGCUACAUAUUAAACUAUAAAAUGGUAAAGAAAGCGCGCGCGCGAGAGAGAGAGAGAGAGAGAGAGAGCGAGAGAAAAGAGGUAAUUCAUAAAUCUAUAAUGCUUUACGAUUAUUUCGUUGGGAUCUCAAAGAUCGUGAGAGAUCGAGGGACAAAGAAAAACGUUUCGCGAUUAUAUCGAGUUGAUUCUCGACUCGAGUCUGUAAUAAAAAUUGAAUAAUUUAGGCGUAUAAUGAAAAGUGUUUCGAUUUUUAUUGCGAAGAAUUAUAAGAUUUCGGCACAUUCGAGACGCGUCGUUGGGAGGAAGAAAAUAAAAACAAAGAAAAAAAGACGGAAAACAAAAGAAGCAACGUACAGUUUAAAUGAUCGAAUAGAAGAGAGAAAAAAAAACGCGAGGAUGAGAAUAUAUUAUUAAAUUAACGAUUAAAUAUAAUGUGUAAACGAGGCAAAAAAUAAUGCGGGGGAGAGUGUUUCGAGUACGAGAAUAAGAGAGAAAAAAAAACGAAAAAAAAGAAAAACGAAGAAAACAUUAAAUUUAAAAAUAAUAAAAACAUAAGAAAUAGACGCGGACAUUUAUUCGCAUUCACACUCACACACGCAAACGAGCGGGUAACGCACACAACACCACACACAGACACACAUUUCUGUAAGGCGUAAGCUAUUUUAGAGACGAAGAAAAUGACACGACAGGCUUUCGGCCCAAUCCCUACCCAAGAAAGCAAAAAAAAAAAAAAAAAACAACUCUCCGAGACCCAA